GCAGAACUUGAGCUGAGAUCACUGUACGCCUUAUCUUCUUGUCUACACUUAUAAAGCACCUCCCAUUUCUCCGAUCGACCUGAAGAAAGGAUCAUCAACAUCCACUCUUCCUUGAAAACUACCGUGAUUCGAUUGAGCUCCGCCAUGUCUCUCACCCGCUAUUCCAAACCCGUGCCCUCUGGGGCUAUAGUGGCCGAGACCCGCGAGCAGCUCAACCAGAUCACCUUCGAGAACCAAUACACGCUUCUGCACGAGGAAGACGGCGGCUACAUGCUGAAGCAGACCGAAGACGGGACUGUGGUGGCUGUAGCCGGCGACGCUCUCUGCGCGGAACUCGACAAGGUCUUUGCCGACCUCGACGCCAGGGAGGCUGCAGAGAAGAACCAGGAGGAUCAGCAAGGUGGGGACUCCAGCACCGGCGGCUCCGGCAACGGUGAAACGCGGCGAUCUGCGAAUGACAUCCAGGCGGACGAUAGGCUGAACGCUUGUGCUCAUCGCAGAUGCUUCAACUCGGUGAUUUGUAUAACUUAUAGAGACUGUCAUAUCUGCUCAUCUCGGAAUGUGUGUAUUUGAGGGACAAAAUGUUUGGUAUGAUGUGUUUGAUGUGUUGAUAGUUGAGAGGUGGGCGAUGGUAUAGUGUGGAUG